CGCUCGCCCGCGUCCCGUAGCCAAUGGCACCGCGACGUCCGGUGACUCACGGGGGCGCCCGCGGCCCGACGGGGUAUUAUGAUGCAACGUCCGAGCGAAGGAAGCGGCCAGUGCAUGGUGGAGUGACACGGCGGCGGCGUGCCGUGGCGGAUGUCCUUGGAGGUGACCAGGGCUGUCGCAGAGAUGGUGCUAGCAGAGCUGUAUGUCUCCGACCGCGAGGGCAACGAUGCCACGGGGGAUGGCACCAAGGAGAAGCCGUUUAAAACCGGCCUGAAGGCCUUGAUGACAGUAGGAAAAGAACCGUUUCCUACCAUUUACGUAGAUUCGCAAAAGGAAAAUGAGCGGUGGGACAUCAUUUCUAAAUCACAGAUGAAGAACAUCAAGAAAAUGUGGCACAGGGAGCAAAUGAAGAGUGAAUCGCGGGAAAAGAAGGAGGCAGAAGACAAUCUGCGAAGAGAGAAGAACCUGGAGGAAGCGAAGAAGAUUACCAUUAAAAACGAUCCGAGCCUUCCAGAGCCAAAAUGUGUGAAGAUCCAUUCUCUGGAAGGCUACAGAGGCCAAAGAGUCAAGGUGUUCGGCUGGGUGCACAGGCUGCGCAGGCAAGGAAAGAAUUUGAUGUUUCUGGUGCUGCGGGAUGGUACAGGUUAUCUUCAGUGUGUCUUGUCUGAUGAUUUGUGUCAAUGUUACAAUGGGGUGGUCCUGGCCACGGAGAGCAGCGUGGCAGUAUAUGGAACGCUGAAUCUCACCCCCAAGGGCAAGCAGGCUCCGGGGGGUCACGAGCUGAGCUGUGACUUCUGGGAACUGCUGGGCCUGGCCCCCGCCGGUGGCGCCGAUAACUUGAUCAACGAGGAGUCUGACGUGGACGUCCAGCUCAACAACAGGCACAUGAUGAUCCGGGGGGAGAACAUGUCCAAGAUCCUCCGGGCACGCUCCGUGGUCACGCGCUGCUUCCGCGACCACUUCUUCGACAGGGGCUACUGUGAGGUCACGCCGCCCACGCUGGUGCAGACGCAGGUGGAGGGGGGCGCGACGCUCUUCAAGCUGGACUACUUCGGGGAGGAGGCGUUCCUGACCCAGUCCUCGCAGCUCUACCUGGAGACCUGCCUGCCCGCACUGGGGGAUGUGUUCUGCAUCGCACAGUCCUACCGCGCCGAGCAGUCCCGCACGCGGAGGCACCUGGCUGAGUACACGCACGUGGAGGCCGAGUGCCCCUUCCUCACCUUCGAGGACCUCCUGAGCCGGCUGGAGGACUUGGUGUGUGACGUGGUGGACCGAGUGCUGAAGUCGCCCGCGGCCAGCAUUGUCUACGACCUCAACCCGAACUUCAAGCCCCCCAAACGGCCUUUCAAGCGGAUGAACUAUUCAGAUGCCAUCGUGUGGCUGAAAGAGCACAACAUUAAGAAAGAGGACGGGACAUUCUAUGAGUUCGGCGAGGAUAUCCCGGAAGCGCCCGAGAGACUGAUGACAGACACCAUUAAUGAGCCCAUCCUGCUGUGCCGCUUCCCCGUGGAGAUCAAGUCCUUCUACAUGCAGCGAUGCCCUGAGGACGCCCGCCUGACGGAGUCUGUGGACGUGUUGAUGCCCAAUGUCGGCGAGAUCGUGGGAGGCUCGAUGCGUAUCUGGGGUAGCGAAGAAAUUCUGGCAGGUUAUAAACGGGAAGGAAUCGACCCCACGCCCUAUUACUGGUAUACCGAUCAGAGAAAAUACGGCACGUGUCCCCACGGAGGAUAUGGCUUGGGCUUAGAGCGAUUCUUGACCUGGAUUCUGAAUAGGUAUCACAUCCGAGAUGUGUGCUUAUACCCUCGAUUUGUCCAGCGCUGCAAGCCCUGACCGUUGUCCCCCCCCCCGCUCCGGAGCGUUUGGGAAUAUGUGCAAGAAGGGAGCAGUUCACCUCUGUGACACAGAAAAGACCCUGGUGUUUGCCCCCCCCCUCCCACCUCUGGGGCAUGUCCAUUUCUGCCUGCUGGUUCUGCACCACAGAAGCCGUCCCGGUGACCUGACUGACCAAGGGCAUUGAUGUUUUCUGUUUGCGAAACAAGAUUCAUUAACACGAUUUGGGGAACACAUUCACGAAUACAUUUGAGCAUUUUAUCCAAUGAUAGGUUAUCAACUCGGUGUCCUGUGUACCAUAUUUGAUUAAACAGUUUUCAUUACGAUCUAAGACAUUCUAUAAUGUUAUCUGUCCUUUGGUGUGCAACUGGAAUUCUUUAUAUCAUUGGAUUGUAUUGAUGAGUUAGACAUCUUAGCGGGAAAUUGGCACUGUGGUGUAAAAAUCUGCUAAUGUUUGAACAUUGUAAUUUAACAGUAGAUAGCGGGAUCUAGUGACUAGUCCUUUGUGUUAGAUUAAUCUUUUAAAAAUCUGUCUAGCUGCUUUUAAUUCUCAGGUGUCCGAAUUGGCCUGGAAGGAUCUAUAAAAAUGAAAUUGCCUUAUUUGAAGUAAGAGCAAUUCCAUUUUGAGCAGGGGAAGUUGUGGGGUGCUGUGGUCAGCGGCGUAUUUCCUAGCAUCCGUUCAACGAACGCGGCGGGCUGAUCCUUCUAGCUCCUAAAUAAUUAAGAAUAAAUAAGUUCUAAGACAAGUGGCAGCUGACAUAAUGAUGGCUGCGACAUUUGAGUCAUCCCUUCCCUGUCCUCAGACUUCAUCUGUGCUCCCUGAUUAACUCUCAGCAGGCUCAUUGAAUGACUUCGUUUAGAUUUGGUUAAUUUCUCCCCAAAAUGCAUGCCGUGUAUUCUCAGUAGGCUGUAUUCCCAGCAAUCAAUAAACGCACAGGCGGAAAACUC